GUUCUCGGCGACGUAGGGUAAUCGGAGGGGGAGGUCGGCGGAGAUCGGGCGUGGAUCGACGGCGGACUUCAGGUUUUUUCGUUUCUGAUCGUUUUUUCCUUUGUUUCUGGUUGCUCUCUUGAAUUCUUCUCCGUCGAGCCACGGGAGUUGUCGUGGUCGUCGGAAACGUCUCAAGCUAGUGUCCCUGUUGGGCCUUUUUCCUUUGGUCCGGCCCAUUUGCUUUAUGGUGGAGAAGUGGAACCCUCGGGUAGAAGGAGAGGAUUUCCGAAACGAUGUGUUUUGGGGAUUAGGGUUAAUACCCUAAUGUGUUUUGUUCUUCGACACUUUGACAAUACACACGGUGCUCGAGACGGAGAAGGCGGAAAGGGAGAACGGAGAAGAAGAAGGGAGAUCGCGAGGGCGGAGGAGCUUCCCGGCGACGGCGAAGCUCGGACCGGCGUCGACUCGCCAAAGGCGAGGGAGGUAAGCGUCGGUAAGGAUCUUUCGUGCCAUCUCUUGGAGAUUUCUGGUCUGUUCUUGUUGGGGCGAGUCUCCGACUUGUGGAGCUCCGUCUCUCGGUUGUUUCCAUUCUGUUUCUAGUGGAUUCGCCGGCACCGUCCGGCCGAGAUGUAGGCCCGAGGCAACUCGGUAACCGAACUCGUUAAAACGUCUGUCUUCUUCGAAUCUUGAACACACUAGCGUCGGAGUGAAACGGCGAGGGCUCGAUAUCGACUUCACAGUCCCUAGUAUAUUGCGGGUCACCGUCCCGGUAGGCCCUCUGGAGCCGAACACGUAAAAACUUCCUCGUCUCUUUUCUUUCUUCGCAUCCGAGAGUGGGAGACUUUUGAUCGGAAAGAAACGAGUGACCAAAGAACGGCGGGAUUUUCGACCUUACAGGUUUCUCUCUGAGUUUCAACAACAUUGAAAAAUGUAUUUAUUGAAGUUUUAUAAUUUAGAAAUUGCAUCAAGGGACAACCCCAGAAAAAAUUAUAAACACAACUUACUAAAAUUAAAUUUCAGAUUUAAUUUUUUUUAUUUAAAUCUCUCAAAUAUAAUAAAAAACCAUAAACAGAUAGAGAAACAAAUAGAAAAAACUAUAAUAAAAAUUCUCGUAAAUAUCAGUCGUAAGGUUCAUGAUUUUUUGGUGUGUUUGUUUAAUGGCGUUUUACCAAUGAAGAGUUCAAUUAGUUGUCAUUUCUCUUUUUCCGAGGCCACUGACUCCUCCCAUUAUUCUUACUUCAUGUUAUUUCUUUCAUCAUUUCACUCUUUCUAUAAAGUUUUCUCAUUUUAUUUCGCCAUCUUGCAGAGAUUUUAUAGAAAAGCAGGUAUCUGGCUCUCUCUGAAACGACAAACUCCAUCCAUGGACUUCGUUAACGUCAUUGAGCCUGAAAUGUCCCUGAAGAUUCUUUCUUGUCUCGAUGAUCCCUCUGAUUUUGUUCGAGCAAGUGCCGUCUCGCACUCUUGGCGAGACUUUGUGAUUCGACACGGUCUUUGCAAGAACCUAUGUUUAAGGAUGUUCAGUCAACUAUCUUUAGUUGAUCAUGUUAAUGUUAUCGAAGAGGGUAGUAAAGAAAAAGAGUCCUCUGAAGCUGAGUCAAGCAAUCUCAUGGAGUGGAAGUUAUUAGAGAAAGAACAUCUUGCUUACGCUUUCUUGGCACGAGGAUGCACAUCAUUCCCUGUCGAAAGCUGCAUUUCUGAGGCUAUUUCGUCAUCUGGCAAAAACCUAUCUCACACGCUUGAAUCUCAAAAUUGGGAUCACGGGAGGGCUUUAUGUUGGAUUAGUAGAGGACAUCAGCAACCUGCAGCGGGAGACUUCCUUCUUUACAAAUUAGUUAGUGACUUAUGUGCCGUUACUGAAAUCAACAUACGUGCUUUCGAAGCUCGAACUGGGGGGCGACGAAGGGUGUUUUCUGCGAGAUAUGUUCGGUUUCGUAUUGGUCAUCGUAAAACAGGUCAUGAGUCCGAACAAGCCUCAGUUGGGAGCAAAUUCGUAUGGACUUACACUUCAGAAAUGUUUCCAAUGGCUCAGGUACGUUCCCUGCAAAGUUUCAAGCUGCCAAAACCCGUUGUCUGCCUUGAUGGGUGUGUGCUGGUUGAGUUGUUGGGUUGUUCCGAGAGGAGCAUAAGUGAUGGUUUAUACCACAUCUGUAUCUCAUACGUCAAGGUGAUGGGAAGAUCGCUAUCUGAUAAUUUCAAGGUCAGAGCUUUAGAUGCCAGCGGACGGUUCGCCCUCGAUUAUGAGAGGUACCCACGGUCGGUCCGGACAGAAGACGAUAUUAUGUCUCAGAUGUUGCGUGAUUGUGUGCUUGACAUAAGAUCUGUAGUCUCUCAUGUGUUGCUUUGACUGGCAUUUGUCUACAAGUUUUUCAUGCAAGUCUGUAUAUAGAUCUUUGGAUAAUGAUGGUAGUGGUCAGGUCAAGCCGAUAGAUUUCCCGAUCUAUGCGUGGCACUUGUUCGAGUAAAAUGAGAGAAAAAAAUGUUAAGAUUGGGUGGAUCAAUUCAUAUAAGUUUUUUCCCAACCUA